AUGGCCGCCGUGAACCCCGCGACAGAGAACCCCGCUAUCGCUGAUGCGACGCCGCUGUCGGAGGAUGGCUCGCCAUUGACCGAAGCGAGCACCCCAGAAGCUCCGUCAGCUCUCCAGCUGGAGGACAAGGAGCUGUCAGUUUCAGCCACGACAGGUGAAGGUGUUGCGCUUCCGUCCACGAGGGUCCCUGUUGCUCCUGACAACGACGAUGAAGAGGGCGAUGACGAUGAUGACGACGAUGAUCCUGAAGAGCUUGAUGACAUAUGGAUCCUCAGGGGACCGCCCACUCCCGUCACAGUCGCCAUAAAGCAGAAGCCUAAGCCUCCGCCCAAGCCUAAGCCUCCGCCCAAGCCGUGA